AUGUCCAACGUCGCCCGGUCCGGCAUCACCACUGAUGCCCAAACCGGCGAACGAUACAUCCCCUCCUCAAUCCGCGCCGACGGAUCCAGGCGCAAGGAGAUUCGUGUGCGUCCUGGCUACAAGCCCCCCGAGGAUGUCGAGCUAUACAAGAACCGGGCAGCAGCAGCAUGGAAAACCCGUGCAAAAGGCGGGGUCCCGGGCGCCGAACCAUUGAGCAGCGAAGACGACAAGCUCAAGACAGCAGUAAAGAUCGGAGCUACAGCUGCUAGCAACAAGAACGCCAAACGCCGCGAAGCCAAGCGAACUGCGAAGGAAACCGAUGAAGCCGGUGUCCCCACUGAGGGCAAGGGCGUGGAGUCGAACAAUUGGCGUGCCCCCGCACCCGCACCUAAAAGGGAAGAAAAGCCCGCGGAAGAACCAGUUGAUCUCGAAGCCGAAAAGGAGAAGAAAGCACGCAAUUUGAAGAAGAAGCUCCGCCAGGCGCGGGAUCUCCGUGAUAAGAAGCAGCAGGGUGAGGCCCUGUUGCCCGAGCAGUUGGAGAAGGUCAUCAAAAUCCAAGAACUUGUCCGCCAAUUGGACGUGCUAGGCUUUGAUUCCAAUGGAGACAAGAAACCAGAUCACAACAAUGGCAAGGCCUGA